AUGAACACUGCUGAGAGUGCCUGCUGUUUAUGUGUGGUAGAGAAACCCCACAAUGUUAUCACUGCUGAGACUGCCUGCUGUUUAUGUGAGCAGAGAAACCUUCCAAGUAAUUUUGAGUACUACAAGAGCAGCCAACAGUACCAAUACUACAAGACCAGCCACAGUACGAGUACUACAAGACCAGCCAACAGUAUCAGUACUACAAGACCAGCCAACAGUAUCAGUACUACAAGACCAGCCAACAGUACGAGUACUACAAGACCAGCCAACAGUAUCAGUACUACAAGACCAGCCAACAGUAUCAGUACUACAAGACCAGCCAACAGUACGAGUACUACAAGACCAGCCAACAGUACGAGUACUACAAGACCAGCCAACAGUAUCAGUACUACAAGACCAGCCAACAGUAUCAGUACUACAGACCAACAACAGUACGAGUACUACAAGACCAGCCAACAGUACGAGUACUACAAGACCAGCCAACAGUACGAGUACUACAAGACCAGCCAACAGUACGAGUACUACAAGACCAGCCAACAGUACGAGUACUACGAGACCAGCCAACAGUACGAGUACUACAAGACCAGCCAACAGUACGAGUACUACAAGACCAGCCAACAGUACGAGUACUACAAGACCAGCCAACAGUACGAGUACUACAAGACCAGCAAACAGUACGAGUACUACAAGACCAGCCAACAGUACGAGUACUACAAGACCAGCCAACAGUACGAGUACUACAAGACCAGCCAACAGUACGAGUACUACAAGACCAGCCAACAGUACGAGUACUACAAGACCAGCCAACAGUACGAGUACUACAAGACCAGCCAACAGUACGAGUACUACAAGACCAGCCAACAGUACGAGUACUACAAGACCAGCCAACAGUACGAGUACUACAAGACCAGCCAACAGUACGAGUACUACAAGACCAGCCAACAGUACCAGUACUACAAGACCAGCCAACAGUACCAGUACUACAAGACCAGCCAACAGUACGAGUACUACAAGACCAGCCAACAGUACGAGUACUACAAGACCAGCAAACAGUACGAGUACUACAAGACCAGCCAACAGUACGAGUACUACAAGACCAGCCAACAGUACGAGUACUACAAGACCAGCCAACAGUUUAACUUUUAG